AAGUAGCAGCUGGUUGUAUUUACUACACUGACCCUGCUGCUGGGGACAACACAGCUGAUUUGACAUGAUGCUCACUGCACCUGGCGCUGAAAUUAUCAUAUUAUUUGCUUGGCUCUCUCCAAGUUACGCUCUCUAUUUUCACAUUGGAGAGACGGAGAAAAAAUGCUUUAUAGAGGAAAUUCCAGAUGAGACUAUGGUUAUUGGGAAAUACAGGACCCAGCUGUGGGACAAGCAGAUGGGAUCCUUCCUCCAAGCCACCCCUGGCCUUGGAAUGCAUGUGGAGAUCAAAGAUCCGGAUACUAAGAUCAUUCUGUCUCGUCAGUACGGGUCAGAUGGACGGUUCACCUUUACUUCCCAUACACCAGGCGAGCACCAGAUCUGCCUGCACUCCAACUCCACCAAGAUGGCCAUUUUCGCUGGCGGCAAACUGAGAGUCCACCUGGAUAUUCAGGUUGGUGAACAUACCAACAACUACCCUGAAAUCGCGGCAAAAGACAAGCUCACAGAGCUGCAAUUAAGAGCUCGACAAUUACUGGACCAAGUAGACCAAAUCCAGAAAGAGCAGAACUAUCAGCAGUAUCGUGAGGAGCGGUUCCGCAUGACUAGUGAGAGCACCAACCAGCAUGUGCUUUGGUGGUCUAUAGCUCAGACACUUAUCCUCAUCGUCACUGGCAUCUGGCAGCUCAAGCACCUCAAGAGCUUCUUUGAGGCCAAGAAGUUGGUGUAAUGCUCACAGGACAUCACUGAUUGAGUUCAAGACAGGAGUGACAACCAUACAGAGCUAACUGGCAGAGAGAGACGCUUAAACCUGGGAAGCAAAUUAAUUGAGAACAUCCAGUGUGUUAUGUAUUGUCCAUUAUUAAUUAUUCUGUGACUUUUUAAUUAUUGUGAUCAGUAACUAAGCACCGAUUUCCAUUUGCCUGUAUUUUUUUCCCCCACUUUUGUAUUGUUUUAUAUCAACUUUGUUGGACUGCACAUAAGGAGUGGCAAAUGUACCCAAGGUAACUUUCAAUUUUGUUUCACUUUGCACUAAGCAGUCAUGUUUUGUAGAUUUGUCAUUCUGCACAUUGUAUACUUUUGGUUUAAACAGGUAGCCUAGUGGUUAGAACGUUGAGCCAGUAACCGAAAGGUUGCUGUAUCGAAUCCCCGAGCUGACAAUCUGCCCCUGAGCAAGGCAGUUAACCCACUGUUCCCCUGGCGCCAAAGACGUGAUGUCGAUUAUGGCAGCCCCCCGCACCUCUCUGAUUCUCAGGGGGUUGGGUUAAAUGUGGAAGACACAUUUCAGUUGAAUGCACUCAGUUGUACAACUGACUAUGUAUCCCCCUUUCCUUUCGAUUAUUGUGAUUUAGUCUAAUAACAUGAUUAUAGCAGAGCUAAUAAUAGUUUUAGCUCAAUGACUAACCUGUUCACUCCCAAACACCAGCUCACAAGCAGCAUGCAACGCACAUCCUUAACUUCUGUUGAAGAGCGGUAUCAUUCCAGGAAACAGGGUAUUGUUGAUUUUUAGAGGAUGGUACAAGCAGCACCAUUUUUCUUUCUUCCAAAGACCAACAUAUCUUUGAAUCAGGUGCAGAUUACAUUUGAAUGUUAUAAAAUGAAGGCCUAUGAUAAAAUACCCUCAAGUUAUUCCAAACUGAUCUAGGUUAAGAUCUAGAUAUCAGUAACAUGUGAAUACAAUAUUUCAAUGAAAAUACAGUAGUAUUAUGAUGAGGUAUAAAUUCAACGUCUUAAUUUGUAAUUAUGAAGGUUUUUACUUUUGGUUGGCUGUCAUUUCAAUGUAUGCAAUAAAAAAAUGUAAAAGUAA